AUGGCUGCCUUUAUUAAAACAAUUAUAUUUUCUGCUUUUACCGCUGCAGCCGCUGCAGCUACAGCAGUGAAGAAUGAAGCUCCUAGUCUUCCAAUGCUGUCAAAACAAGGUAAGAUAUUUUCAAAUCUAUUAUAGAUAUACUAAAUUUAAAUUCUGUUUAGCCGGUUAUUACACUGUCAGAGUUGGCGUCGGGACUCCACCUCAAUAUCUGAACUUGGCUCUGGACACUGGGACGGCGAAAUUCUUUGUUUUGGAUGGAAUUCUGACCGCUCAAGUCAGCAAAGAAAUCAAUACGUUCAAACCGCUGUAAGUUUGUUUCUACUGGAUGGAGUAAAGGAUACUUGACAGAUUACCGAACUGUCAUCGGUCUGACAAAAGUGUGUAUAGUGCCGGACCUAAUCUAGUGGCAAAAACGUAUCAUUUUGCAUCCGAAAACUACCAAGAAAUGUGGCAAAAUGCCUCCCUUUCCAUCUUAAAAAAAACUUCAUUUUGAAGGGCUUCUCACAAAAAAAGCGGGCGCGCUUGUGAAAUCCGAGUUUUUCUACUUGUACAGGGAGAUCAAAACAUUGCCUACAGUGGCAAAAAACGUUCAAUUUUGCAUCGGGAAGUGUCAAAAAAUUGGCAAAAUGCCUCCCUCUCAAACUAAAAAUCCCCGUUUUGAAGGGCGCGUUUUUAAAAUCUGAGUUUUUUUUCACCUGAAGGUGGAGGUAUUUUGCUACUUUUUUUGAUGCUUCCCGGUUGCAAAAUUGUAUAUUUUUUGCCACUGCAUCAGGUCCGCCACUGUAGCAUCCAUAAUUUUAGAAGAUCCUCCAGCUUCAAGCUGGACAGCGAGAAUAAAGGAACGUUCCUCGAAACGUACCGGCAUAUCCACUUGACCGCCCAACGAGCCACAGAAACCGUAACCAUCAACGGGUUUGAGGUGAAAAAGCAAAAGAUUGAAUUGGUCACCGCUUUCCGCAACAUUAAUGCAUCCGAUUUCCCCAAAAUUGAUGGUGUUCUGGGGAUUGGCUUUCAACUUGGCCGAACUCCUUUCAAAUAUUUCGAUUUCACAUCGCCUUUGCACGACUACGUAAAAACGUUCAGUUAUCCGGUAUUUACUGUGUAUAACAAUCCAGUGGUCAAUAGUAGUACACAAUUAGCUGGGAAGAUAACAUUUGGCGAUAAGGAUGAAGAAAAUUGUGAUGGGAUGUGGUUUCGACCGCAAAUUUCAUAUCAGCCGCAACCACUUUGGACAUUUAGAGUUAAUGGGUAGGUUAGGAUUGCUUAAUAAAAAAUUGGUUACAGAGGGUGACCUGACACAGUGACAAAAAACGUACCAUUUUGCAGCCAGAAAGCAUCAAAAAAUGUGGCAGAAUACCUCCCUCUCCAAAUGAAAAACUCACGGCGCGCCCUUCAAAACGAAGUUUUUUUCACUUGGAGAGGGAAGCAUUUUGCCACAUUUUUGAUACUUCCCGGAUGCAAAAUGGUACGCUUUUUGCCACUGGAUCAGGUCCCCCACUGUAUAUUACAUAUUAUUCAAGUAUCUUACCUUUCGUUUGUGAAGUUUUUUUCUUUUUUAUCAUCUUUUUAUGCAUCAUUAUCAUUUCAAGCCCCAUUUUUAACCUCUGUUUAUAUUCUAUUAUAGUUAUAUGCUUGGUGGGGUUGGCUUCCACUACAAGUCAACAAUCACGCUGGAUUCUGGAGACAAAGACAAUUUCUUCCCCGCCGAAGUUGUUCAGCACUUGAGUGAGCGUUGGAAGCUAGAGAACGGCACCGACGACAGAAGUUUCUACAUCGCUUGCGACAAGAUUCCCCAGCUUUCCACCUUCUCAAUAAUCAUCAAGUAUGGCGAUGAGAUCAUGGAUUACGAUGCGAAAAGAUUGUUUGAAGAUGUGAGUUUUGAAUGCCUGAGAAUGUCUUCUUCUUUUUGUGAAGAAUAAGCCAGUGAAUUGACGGACUCCAAGGGUAGCAAAAAAGUCAAAAAAAUUUACUUUUGACCUGACUACAGUGAGGGACCUGAUCUAGUGGCAAAAAACGUACCAUUUUGCAUCCAUGAAGCAUCAAAAAUGUAGAAAAAUGCUUCCCUUUUCAAGUGAAAAAGCUCCGUUUUGAUGGACGCGACCGCCAUUUCACUCACAAAAAGAGCGGGCGCGCUUUUGAAAUCUGAGUUUUUUCAUUUGGAGAGGGAAGCAUUUUGCCACAUUUUCGAUACUUCUCGGAUGCAAAAUGGUACGCGUUUUGCCACUAGAUCACAUCCCCCAUGUAUAUAGUUUGUAAUCCCUUUAUACGAAAAAUAUUUUGAAACUAUCACAUUUCAAGGUACCCGCCUUGCGACGCUCAGGGUUUAUAGAAAAAGGUUGUUAUAAAUAUUAGUACGUUGCACUAGACCUUCUCGAAGGUACGCCAAAAAUUGUGGAAGUUUGAUAGAGGUCAGAGACUAGUCGUCUUCUUUUAUAGGCUGCUGCGGUUGAAAGCUAAAACCGCCAUGUCAGUGGGGCUAACCUUUAUGCCAAAAAAUAGCGUUGGAAGAAAAAAAUCAAGAAAAUCUAAUGUGACUUUAUAAAAUACGAAGCGAUUUUCUAAGCAGUCGUGCAUAAAUCCAAAUUUCAUUAUCCUUCUAUUUUCUUUUUCUAGGCCGGAAACAACCGUUGUCGUCUGAACGUCCUCCAAACCGACGGACUUUGGCAAAUCAGCCAAAACUUGCAUACAGAUUACUGUCAAUACUACUACGUUACCGGGAAGGCGGUUCAAUUUGCCGCGGCUAAGAUUCAACCGUGA